AUGUUGAACGCUGGUUAUGCAGCAGUAGUUGAAGGAAGACCUCUAAGACAUCCACGUCUUCCCUGCUGUGGAAUGAGCAUGGGAUGGUUUCUAAGGGCAGCGAAAUUUGAGCUACGGGUUCGAAGGAAUCGAUGGUUGGAACUCAUAGAACGCGAUGCAGACGGAGGCAACAGUUGCGAUAGGGCUCUAAGCUCCGUCCAUGGAGGCGGCGGCGGUCUUAAAUACUCGACGCCCAAUCAGCAACAGGCUCAGAUCGGGACGAUUACUAAUCUCUUGGCCGGAGGAGUCGCCGGAGCUGUGAGCAAAACUUGCACUGCUCCGCUCGCUCGCCUCACCAUCCUCUUUCAGGUGCAAGGGAUGCACGCCGAUGCUGUGGCUCUAAGAAAUGCUAGUAUAUGGCGCGAGGCUUCCCGAAUUGCUUGUGAAGAAGGGUUUAGAGCUUUCUGGAGAGGAAACUUGGUUACGAUUGCUCAUCGAUUGCUUCCAUCAGCUUUUAUGCUUACGAACGCUACAAAAAUUCCUAGGGUUUGAAUUUGGGGGUUUUGGUGAUGAUUUUUCGAUAAUGAGGCAGCGGAUCUUCGGAAAGGUGUAAGAUGAG